GCCAGUAAUCAAUAUCGAACUGGUCAAUAAUUCCUUGGCAUUUGUUGGCAUGCAACCAACAGGCUAGAUGUACUUUUUAUUACAAUGCAAUUUCGAUAAGGUUAUGUCAUGUUAUUUUUGUGGGAUGUUUUGAAAUGUUAUUUACUCGGUUGUGCACUAUCUGCCAGAACAAAAACAAAUGUUAAAAUAGUGCGUUGAUAUUCGCGCACAAUAAAUUAAAUCAAAAGAGAGACAUGUAAAAUUCAGAAAGUAUGAUUUUCACCCAACGAAAAAUGAAGCAAUUUGUUUUUACCAUAGUGUGUGUAAUAUUAGUUCUAGGUUUCUACAAAUCAUGGGCACGUACGGAUAAUGAGCACAGUUUAUUCAGUCAUCAACACCUGACUAAAUCGACUGAUAACGACAUGGAGUCUUCUUUGAAUAAAGCAAAAAAUGAAAAUCCUCCUGGUUAUAUAGAAAUUAACGAUCUUCAAGAAGCAAAUAAUCGGAUACGAGAACUCGAAGACAAAUUACAGCGUAUAGAAGUCAAGAUUGAAAAUCGCGUGCCGAAAAAUUUCCCGACUGUUAAAUUUCUUAACUACAAGAAUCGUAAAAGAAUUUUAGUAACCGGAGGCGCCGGAUUUGUUGGUUCCCAUCUUGUUGAUCGUCUCAUGCUCGCUGGCCAUGAAGUGACUGUGGUUGACAAUUUUUUUACUGGGCGCAAACGAAACGUGGAACACUGGAUUGGCCAUGAAAAUUUUGAGCUUGUUCAUCAUGAUAUAGUGAGACCACUUUAUCUUGAAGUCGAUGAAAUUUAUCACCUUGCCAGUCCAGCCAGUCCUCCACAUUAUAUGUUAAAUCCAGUGAAAACUAUAAAAACUAAUACAUUGGGUACAAUAAAUGUGCUUGGACUUGCUAAAAGAGUUGGAGCUCGGGUUUUGAUAGCUAGCACUUCAGAAGUAUAUGGGGACCCUAAUGAGCAUCCACAGACAGAAACUUACUGGGGUCAUGUCAAUCCAAUUGGGCCAAGAGCUUGCUACGAUGAAGGAAAACGUGUUGCUGAGACACUGAGUUAUGCUUACAUGCGGCAAGAAGGUGUUUCCGUAAGAGUUGCUAGGAUAUUUAACACGUUUGGACCGCGAAUGCACAUGAACGACGGUCGCGUUGUUUCGAAUUUUAUUCUUCAAGCUUUACAAAACGACUCCAUCACUAUUUAUGGCGACGGACAUCAAACAAGAUCGUUUCAGUAUGUCUCAGAUUUAGUUGAUGGACUGAUUGUGCUGAUGUCCUCAAAUUACACAUUGCCCAUCAACAUUGGAAACCCUGUCGAACACACUAUUGAACAGUUCGCUCUAAUGAUAAAGGAUCUAGUGGGUGGUACAAGCAAAGUUGUAGAGCUGGCAGCAGUGGAGGAUGAUCCUCAAAGACGAAGACCGGAUAUAAGUCGUGCCAAGAAAUAUCUGGAUUGGGAGCCAAAAGUGCCGCUUGCUGAAGGCCUCAAACGGACGAUAUCUUAUUUUGCAAAGGAGUUACAAAGAACGAAACACUCUCAAAGAGAUAGCUUUGAGAUGGAACAACUGCCUUUGUUUAAAAAUGAUCAUGACAUCAUAGAGAAUUUGUAGAAUUCAAUCAUCAUGAAACUGAAAUAACUUUGGAUGGGUACACUUCAUUGAGUCAACUGAAG